AGGAGACCUCAUUAAUGAAUUAAUGGCUAAAUUGCCAUAAAUCCUCAUUAAUGGAAUUUACUUACACGCCUCCGUUUUGUUUCCAAAACGCAGCGUUUUGGCGCACUCUUCUCGUAUUACACUGUAUAACUACACAAGUCUUCACUACCAUCUCAACACCACCUGAAGAUCCUGUCAAGUGUGUGUCUGGAAAUACGAAUUGUACGGUCACAAACUCAUAUGGAGCCUUCCCUGACCGUUCCACGUGUCGAGCCGCCAACGUGGCGUACCCAACAACCGAAGAUGAGCUCGUGGCUAUCGUGGCUGCAGCCACUAAAGCCGGACGGAAAAUGCGUGUAACGACUCGAUAUUCCCAUAGCAUCACUAAGCUCAUGUGUACCGACGGAACCGAUGGUAUGUUCAUAAGCACGAAGCUUCUAAACCACACGGUGCGAGCGGAUGCAAAGGCUAUGACCUUGACGGUUGAGAGCGGUGUGACUUUGAGGCAGUUAAUCGGUGAAGCGGCUAAGGUUGGCUUGGCGUUGCCAUAUGCACCGUAUUGGUGGGGACUAACCGUGGGUGGUAUGAUGGGGACCGGUGCUCACGGGAGCUCAUUGUGGGGUAAAGGAAGUGCCGUCCAUGAUUAUGUGACCGAGAUCAGGAUGGUUAGUCCUGGUUCGGUCAAUGAUGGGUUUGCAAAGGUUAGAGUUUUAAGCGAGACUACGACUCCUAACGAGUUUAAUGCGGCCAAAGUUUCUCUUGGCGUUCUUGGGGUUAUCUCUCAGGUGACUUUGAAAUUGCAACCGAUGUUCAAGAGAUCAUUAAGGUAUGUUAUGAGAAACGAUUCCGAUUUCGGGGAUCAAGCCGUGACAUUUGGGAAGAAACAUGAGUUUGCCGAUUUCAUAUGGUUACCAAGCCAAGGCAAAGUGGUAUAUCGAAUGGAUGACCGAGUAGCGGUCAACACAUCAGGCAACGGUUUGUUUGAUUUUUUGCCAUUCCGUUCGCAACUCUCCGUGGCACUAGCCAUCAUAAGAUCCUUAGAGGAGACGCAAGAGACGUUCAGAUAUGCGCAUGGGAAGUGUGUAGCAGCCAAAUUAAUUUCAUCUACAUUGUUUGCUACCGCAUUCGGUUUGACCAACAAUGGCGUUAUAUUUACCGGUUAUCCGGUCAUUGGAAGCCAAAACCGAAUGAUGUCGUCAGGAUCAUGCUUAGACAGUCUUCAAGAUGGGUUGAUAACGGCGUGUGCAUGGGAUUCACGUAUAAAAAGCGAAUUCUUUCACCAAACAGCUUUCAGUAUUCCACUUACGCAAGUCCAAAGUUUCAUCAACGACAUCAAAUCUCUAGUCAAGAUUGAACGGAAAUCUCUAUGCGGACUUGAGUUGUAUUACGGAAUUCUAAUGCGCUAUGUCACAUCUUCUCCGGCUUAUCUUGGGAAAGAAACAGAAGCUUUAGACUUUGACCUAACUUAUUACCGAGCCAAAAACCCACUAACUCCUCGACUUUAUGAAGAUUUCAUCGAAGAAAUUGAGCAAAUUGCGUUAUUCAAAUAUAAAGCUUUGCCGCAUUGGGGAAAGAACAGAAAUUUAGCUUUUGAUAGAGUUGUUAAAAAGUAUAAGAAUGCGCCAGCAUUUUUGAAAGUAAAAAAAACUUAUGAUCCGAUGGGUCUAUUUUCGAGCGAAUGGACAGAUCAGAUCCUAGGAAUCAAAGGAAACGUGACGAUAAUCAAAGAUGGAUGUGCAUUGGAGGGGUUAUGUAUAUGUUCAGAGGAUGCUCAUUGUGCUCCCAGCGAAGGAUAUUUGUGUCGACCGGGAAAAGUCUACAAAGAAGCUAGAGUUUGUGAACGUACCGAUGGCAUAAGUGUGAUUCAAUAUAUCAGCAAGUUAUUAUUCAACAUUGCUUCUUAUAUCAGAAAACGCUUUUAUGUGAGGGUUGGUAUUUAUUAUGACGAAUUAUAGCUAACGUUGUUAUAAGUAUAAAUCUAUUAUAUAAAAGUUCUCAUAAACUUGACACAUCAGCUCUUCUCUUUAUGACAC